AUGGGAAAACUUAUUAAGAAUCAUUGGGCUCGUCUCAUCAUCUUGACCGCUUCAGCUUAUCAAUUCGUAGCUGGUGUUCACGGUAUCUUCUGGCCCAAAAUCUUCUGGGAUUUCCUCACCAAAAACCUCGAUGGAGCCGUAAAACCGAUUCCCGUCCUUCAAGUCAUCAAUAUCCUCCUCGGUCUCAUCAUGUUCGCUUGGGAAUGGCCUCUUGGUGCUAUUGCUGGAUCGGCUGUGCAUCGUAGUAUCGAAGCUCGAUUGGUGGUCCUUCCAAUGGCGAUUUUGGCCGCGGCGUUGUUGUAUCAGGGUACCAAUGCAGCGAUUUAUUACAUCGUGGGCAUGAUUGUGUACUUUUGGGCGUAUAGUGAGGGAGAGACUGUCGUUGCAAAAGCAUGGUCACUACCACCACGAGUCCGACCCGGAAAAGUAUAG